AUGGCGAAAGAAAUAGACCACAUGCGAACCUCACUCGACACCGAGGAACAUAGCCUACAGUCCCCGAUUACUGAAGUUGAACGCGAAAAUGACCAAAAUAUCUCCGACGCCCCUGAAGGUGGGACUAGAGCAUGGCUCGUUGCUGGAGGCGCUGCUUCAAUCUUCUUCUGCACAUUGGGCUUUGCCAACUCUUUCGGUACAUUCGAAGAAUAUUAUAUUACGCAUCAAUUGCAGGGCGAGUCUGCCUCGAAAAUCUCCUGGAUUGGUUCUUUGGGCUCAUUCCUGCCAUUUUUUGCAGGGAUGGUGGCUGGUCCUCUGUUUGAUCGAUACGGUGAAAAGAUUAUCCGUCCUGCGACUAUCGCAUACGUUUUUGCAAUGAUGAUGCUGAGUUUAUGCAAGACAUAUUGGCAAUUCAUGAUUGUUCAGGGUGUUCUCAUGGGUAUUCUGAUGGGCCUCCUACAAUUUCCAGCCUUCGCAGCUGUGUCUCAAUACUUUCAGAAAAAGCGUGCCGCUGCCCUUGGGCUUGCCGUAUCUGGUUCAAGUAUUGGAGGAAUUAUCAUACCGAUUGUUCUUUCCAAACUGCUCAACGGCACCUCUCUAGGAUUUGGAUGGUCAGUUCGUAUCAUUGGCUUCAUCAUUUUACCAUUCAUGGUCUUUGCCUGCGCGAGUGUUAAGGCGCGUUUGCCGCCACGCGUGUCCCAAUUCUGGAUUACAUCGGCCUACAAGAAAACAAACUUCCUCAUGCUCAUCCUCAGUCUCUUCUUUAUGUUCAUUGGCAUGACGACUCCUUUGUUCUAUCUGCCCACAUACGCAGUCUCACAGGGCAUGGGCGUAACUCUGUCCGGUUAUCUCCUCUCAAUCCUUAAUGCUGCCUCGACCUUUGGCCGUAUCCUGGUCGGCAUCCUUGCGGAUAAAUACGGGCGUCUCAACAUGUUUGCCAUUGGAGGCGUGGUCAGCGGUGUCGUAGUUUUCUGCAUGAAUAGCGCAACAAGUAAUGCCGCCCUAAUUGUGUACUCUGUCGCGUUUGGGUUUGCGUCCGGUACCAUUAUAUCAGGUGCAUCAGCGGCAUUUUCGGUCUGUCCUAGAGAUCCCCGUGAUAUUGGUACAUACAUGGGUAUGGGAAUGGCAAUUUCGGGACUGGGUGCUUUGAUAGGGCCGCCGAUAAAUGGAGCCAUUGUGGGAAAGUAUGGAGGUUUUUUUGAAGUUUCCAUGUUUAGUGGUACUAUGUGUCUGUUUGGUGGAUUGCUUGUGAUUGCAGCCAAAACUUUGACCAAACAAGGGCUAUUAGGAAGGACGUGA